AUGACUCACAAACAGCGAGCCAAAGAAGAAAAUUCAGAUGUGAUGGGCACUCUGACGAUGGCUUCAGCAAGCAUAGAAGUUUACGAGUCUACCAAUCCUGCCAAGUCUGACUCCGAAGCUGUUGAAGUCACCCCUGCGAGUCAAUGCCUGACUUGUGUUGAUCUUGAGAAUGAGACAAAAGAACCAGCGGGCGACAUCGUUGACGUAGAAAUCAAAGUCGUCGAAGCCAAGUCAGAGGAUGACCGGAACCAGAAACCGGUAGCAUCUUUAUACUGCCCGAGGAAUGGACGAUCUCAUGCGACCCUACUUGAUUUCGGCAUUACUGAAUGCCCGAAGUGCGACCAAGGUUUGAUUUCUAGGAGACAUCAGCCAUACGAGUCGGACGAAUCUUCGACCUCGUCUGAUGAUGAGGGAUCGGUUGCCGCGUCCGAGGACCAGGAGAACGACAAUACCUCGCCGGCAAUCACUUAUUCCCUGGAGUAUCGAGACGCUGGCAAUUACCAUAUCGGCACAGUACCUUGGGCGGGUCCUUUUGAUCUCUCUGCUGCCCGGAAGGACCUGAAAGAAAAGGAGCGCGUCAUAUGCGAUGUUGUCACUGUUCUUGAUACUUCUAUUCCUGAGUUUUCUCAUCGACACCCUAGUGAAAAAGCAGAGAUCCUUGAAAAGGGAAUUCUUGGUAAUUCUAAUAUCCAGCUUAAGGUUAGCUCAACCAAGCUGGCCAUUCGCUCGAAGGCCCUUCUCAGGGUAUUCGCCACUGUGGAAGGGGUAAAGAACCGCAAUACUGUCGCCCAGCCUGCAUGCGACAAAGAGGCAUUCGAUCAUCUAGGAUUGCUCUUCGAUUUUCUGAAGAGCUCUCAUUAUACGACACAUAUUACCGACGAGCAGGAGCGACAUACCCGCAACCUAUGUACAUUUCGAAUGUUAUGGUUGCUCUUCAAGCCUGGUGAAACGGUUUAUAUGGAGUCUGGCGGCCAGCUGUAUGCCUACGUUAUUAGGUCCAUGGAGGUGGACAAAAGAAUCCUCUCUGCCACCUCUCGUUUGCAAUCCCCACCAUAUGUUAUUGAAUUGUGGAAUCUCGAUUUUGACGGACGUUUUGUUGGAAGAGCAUCCACCUUCGUCACCAUCGCACAUUUCGAUGGGGAACGACAGGUCACAUCGCUCAAGAUCUUUCCAUGCGAGUUCAUUGACAGACAGGACGACGGAAAAACCCGAAGAAACCUGGAAGACCUUGGUGCAAAAUGGUCCAUCCAAACGACAGGUGAAUAUUCGCUAUUCUCAACUUCUACACAUCGUUCUAAUGCCCAAAAACAGUUCCAAGGUCGCGUGUAUGUUGAUUCUACCUCAUAUUAUGCCCAGAAUAGCCAUGCAGCGCCAAAUAUAUGCGAGGUAGAUGAUAUGGGAGAAGAACUUGCCAAUUGCCUCUGCGAAGAGUGUCAUGGCCGAAGAUCCCACCCGUUGCCUGGCUUUCGGUGGGCGGAUUAUGACCUUCUGGACCCGAACGUCAAAUUGGACCUUGAGCUUCCAGGCUCACUAGAAGGCCCUCGGCAUCGAUACCUGCUUUGCAGUAGAGUGAUGCAUGGUUUCAUUCUAAAGUCUAGGACAUGGGCGAAAUUGAACAAUGCAUUUUGCUCUGAGCCAAAGGUCAACAAGAGAGCCAUCGACAGCCUUGUUAUGCCUGAAGCCAGGAAGGAGAUGAUAAGAGCCCUCGUCCAGAAAUUCACGGAUCCGAGUGGUGAGAAAAGCGCCAAAUCCUGGGGGGCUGAUUUCAUCGAGAAUAAAGGAGAAGGUCAGAUAUUCCUCCUUCAUGGCAGUCCUGGUGUGGGAAAAACGUUUACUGCAGGCAACUUAAAUAUCAUCGAGCAAAAUUGCCAUAUUCAUAUACUAACCCAGCCAGAAUGUAUCGCUGAAUACACCGGCCGAGCGAUGCUCUCUCUGACUUGUGGAGAUAUUGGAACUGAUGAGGUUGAAAUGGAGAAUCAGCUUUCUAGAUGGUUCCGGCUGGCCGAAAAAUGGGGCGCAGUAAUGCUAAUUGACGAGGCGGAUGUGUACCUCGAGAGAAGGCAGAUUACUGAUCUCAAGCGGAAUAGUCUGGUUUCGGUCUUCCUACGAUGCAUUGAGUACUAUCGAGGCAUCUUGUUCCUGACGACUAAUCGGGUUGGCCAUUUCGAUGAUGCCUUUGUUUCAAGAAUCCAUGUCGUCAUUCGCUACGACAAUUUGAAAGACGAAGACCGGAAAAGAAUUUGGGAACAGUUUUUCAAUAAACUGACCGAUGAACGAGACGAUUUCAUUAUAACUCGACGCGCCAAGUCCUAUGUCCUGGAAGACGACGUAAUUAGCAAAAUGGAAUGGAAUGGUCGGGAAAUCCGCAAUGCCUUUCAAACCGCAGUGGCACUUGCAGAAUACAGAUUUUCUCAGAAGCCAGACAAGUCAAAAGACGACGGGCCUACCCUGGACCAGAAAGACCUCGAACAGGUCUGCAAUAUGACCCGGGAGUUCAAGGAGUACCUGACCAAAGUGCAUGGUGUUGAUGAAGAAUUCCGUGCAUUCCAAGCGAAAGCCAGGGCCGCUGAUGGCGUGAGCAAUUAG